AUGUUAUUGUGGUAUUUGGAAUUAGUCAGUUCGGACAGAAGACAUAUACUACGGCGGACGCAAUACGGGAAAGUGUCCGGUGAGGUAGAGACUCUCUCGGAUAAUAAGCGAAUAGAAAAAUACCUGGGAAUUCCCUACGCCAAACCACCUGUUGGUGAUCUGAGAUUUGAGCCGCCGGAACCUCCUGAACGAUGGGAAGAAGAUAUAUUAGAAGCCUAUACUCUACCUCCUGCUUGUGCUCAGCCUGAUAUGGGUGUAUUGUAUAUAGAUCAUCAUGUACCUGGCUUCAAUGUAACUAGUGAAGAUUGUUUAUAUUUAAAUAUUUAUACACCAUGGGUAAGAUUACGGUAUCCAGUGAUGGUGUUUAUACAUGGUGGUUCCUAUGAGAAUGGUAUGGGUGCCAUGUUGGAGGGUGGUUACCUCGCCUCUCAAGACAUCGUAGUGAUAACUUUUAACUACCGACUAGGACCUUUAGGUUUUCUGACAGCGUAUGAUAAUGAUAUCCCGGGUAACUAUGGAAUGCUGGAUCAAAUUCAAGCAUUGAGAUGGGUGCAAGAAAAUAUCCACGUGUUUGGUGGAGAUCCAAAUCAAGUUACAAUUGAUGGACACAGUGCUGGAGGAUGCUGUGUUGGUUUGUUGAUGCUCAGUCCUUUAGCGAAGGGUCUGUUCACCAAUGUCAUUCAACAAAGUGGUUCUCCGUUUGCCCAUUGGGCAGUUCACCAUAGCCAUAAAACAAUGGGAUUUUACUCCAAGAGUUUUAUAGCUUCAAUGGGAUGUAUGAUGAAUACAUCAAAAGACAUCAAGGCAUGUCUGAAAUCUGUACCACAAAGAACAAUUGAAAGAGUGAUACUGGAAUAUGAGGUAAAGUAUUAUGAAUUGUACCCGUCGUAUUAG